AUGGAUGGCGGCUUUCACGUUGGCGCCGAGGCCUUGCGUCGAUGCAUUCAGUCGACUCCAAUCAUCGACAAUCACGCACACCCACUGCUUCAGCACAGUCACGCUGACAAGUAUCCCCUGCUCACAAUCGUGACAGAAGCUCAUGGCGAUGCUCUCGACUCAUCACGGACCAGCUUGGCUCACAUUCGGGCCGUCAAACAGCUUUCCGAGCAGCUCGGGUGUGCCGCCACUUGGGACGCUGUGGAGAGCGCCAUUAAGCAAGAACGACGCCGUGACUACGCCGGAUGGACACGGAGAUGCCUUGCCGGUAUCGAGUGUGUCCUCGUCGAUGACGGUUUGGACGACGAGGACGCUGUGGAAUCCUACACCUACUUCGACCAGUUUGCCCCCAGCCCCAGCAAACGUAUCGUCCGCAUUGAGCAAGCUGCGGCCAGGCUUAUAGAAAACGCGUGCAUCUCACAGCCAUCGCCUGCGCAAGCUUUUGACCUUGCCAUCGCCAAUUUCGAAGCCGAGCUUAGGAAUGCAAUAUCCGAUGCGGAGGUUGUCGGCUUCAAGUCGGUAAUUUGCUAUCGAACCGGACUGGACAUUGCCUCCAAAGCUAGCGAGCUGGAGGCACGUUCAACUUUUGCCGACAUCUACACGCAAAGGCAGGCAGCCGAUGCCCAGAGCUUCACGAGACUGCAUCACCGCGCGCUCAACGAGUUCCUCGUCCACCGUCUAGCUCAACUAAUCCGCGACUGCUCAUCAACCCACAAGAAGCCCAUUCAAUUUCACACUGGUCUCGGUGAUAAUGACCUCACGUUGACAAGAUCCUCUCCUGCGCAUUUGCAAGACUUUGCGCGGGAAUAUCCGACGGUCCCGAUUAUUCUCCUGCACUCUGGUUAUCCCUUCGAUCGGGAAGCAGGGUAUAUGGCGGCAAUGUAUGGAAACGUAUAUGCUGAUAUUGGCGAAAUUUUCCCCUUCAUCAACCGGGAUGGGCAAGAAAGCGUAGUACGCCAUGUUCUCGAGCUCUGUCCGUGGGAAAAGAUCAUCUGGAGUACUGAUGGCCAUUGGUUCCCGGAAACCUAUCUUCUUUCAAUACUCCAAAUGAGAGAUGUGUUCCACACAGUCUUGUGCGACUUCGUGCGAAAGGGGGACAUCACAUGGAAACAAGCUACGCAGAUGGUGCAGGAUAUGUUGUUCAACACCUCGAACAAGAUUUAUGACCUCGGUCUCACGAUGAGGUGUCGACUGCCCAAGAAUGCACAGCCAUCCGGGACAUUGCCCACAAAGUUUGAGGCACAACACUUGUUGACCUACUUGGCCGACACCGAAAAGCCACAUUAUCUUCGCCUGUGUUGGCUGGACUAUACGGCCAUGCCAAGAAUGAGAGUCAUACCUUCGCGACAAGUCUUGUCUGCGAUGAAGACGAACCAGCCGCUCUGGGUCACGGUGACAAAGGGCUGUCUCGGCAUCCUUCAGAAUGAUACUCUGAUUCCUGGUGUCGGGCCAGUUGGCGAGUUUCAGCUGCAGCCGGAUUUUUCAUCCCUCCGCCCAGGGCCGCGCGAUGGACACAUUACAGUAAUGUGCGACUUCAAGGAAAAGGAUGGCUCGCUCGUCAACCUCUGCCCUCGAACAAUGCUGAAAAGGGCCAUAGAUCUUGCUCGUGAUGAGCACAUCGAGCUUUUGCUCGGCUUCGAGAUUGAGCUCGUACUCCUUCGCCGCCCAGGGAACGGGGGAUACAGCGUCGACAGUUAUGACGGACAUGCUUGCUCAACCGUCGGAGCCAUGGACCACGAGGUGGUCGAAAAGGUGCUGGAGGCGGCAAUACAGCAACUCGACCACGCCGGCGUAUACGUCGAAAUGUUGCAUGCCGAAAGCGCCACGGGCCAAUUCGAAAUAGUCUUGCCCAAGGCCAGGCCAAUGGAAGCCGUGGACACGUUGAUCUUUGCGCGGCAAGUCAUAGCCAGCUGCGCAAAUGCGUCGGGAUACAAGAUGACGUUGCAUCCGAAGCCGAUAGCCAAUGCGUGCGGCACCGCCGCGCACGCUCACAUCUCCAUCACUUCAGACGGCCGCAAUGCAGCUCUAUACGAACCCUUCUAUGCAGGUAUUUUAUCUCACCUGAGAGCUAUAUGCGCGUUCACGUGCAGCAACAUGGUGAGCUAUGAGCGGCUUCGAAACGGCGUCUGGGCAGGAGGAACAUGGGUCACUUGGGGCACGCAAAAUCGCGAAGCGCCUCUCCGCAAAAUCGAAAACAGUCAUUGGGAACUGAAGUGCGUGGACGGCCUUUCCAAUCCGUACAUGGCCAUGGCGGCGAUUGUCCUGGCGGGGCUCGACGGUGUUCGGAAAGGGAAAAAGCUCACCUGGGCCGACUGUACAAGGGACCCUGCGUCGCUCUCGUCUGGGCAGCGACUGCAGUUGGGUAUUGACACGAGGUUACCAGAGAGCAUCGACGAGGCCUUGAAGGCGCUCGUUGAGGAUGGAGAUUUGACCAACUUGUUGGAAGUUGAUGUUAUUAAAAGAUACGUGGCCGUGAAAGAAGCGGAAGCGGAGUUGAUGAAAUCCAUGGACGCAAAGGACAGAAGGGAUUGGAUUUUAGACAGGUACUGA